UGCUUUGUUCCCACCUGCUCAGGCUACAGGAGUGCGUAUGGCCACGCUGGCCCAGAAUCUCGCCAACAUGGGCACCAGCAUUAUCAUCUCCUUCGUGUACGGCUGGGAGCUGACGCUGCUCGUCCUGUCGGUGGUGCCCUUCAUGGCGGUGGCCGGCGCUGUGGAGAUGAAGGCGCUCACUGGACACGCUACUGAAGACAAGAAGGAGCUGGAGAAGUCUGGAAAGAUUGCUACAGAGGCCAUUGACAAUAUCCGUACUGUUGUCUCCCUUAACAGAGAACCAAAGUUUGAGUCUUUGUAUCAGGAAAACUUAGAAAUACCAUUCAGGAACUCCCAGAGAAAUGCCCACGUGCACGGUCUCACCUUCUCCUUCAGCCAGGCCAUGAUCUACUUCGCCUACGCGGGCUGUUUCCGCUUUGGAGCUUGGCUUGUUGAGGAGAACAGAAUGGAUAUUCAGGGAGUAUUCCUUGUGGUUUCUGCUAUUCUGUACGGAGCCAUGGCUCUCGGAGAGGCCAACUCCUUCGCUCCAAACUACGCCAAGGCCAAAAUCUCAGCUGCCCACCUCAUGGCACUGAUGGGCAGAGAGCCCGCCAUUGAUAAUCUAUCCCAGGCGGGAGAGUCACCGGACACAUUUGAUGGUAAUGUGCAAUUUGACAGUGUUAUGUUUAACUACCCGUCACGCCCUGAUGUGCAAAUCCUGCAAGGGCUGAAUCUGAAGGUGAGGAAGGGAGAGACUCUGGCCUUGGUGGGGAGCAGUGGCUGUGGAAAGAGCACCACCAUCCAGCUGCUGGAGAGGUUCUACGACCCCAGAGAGGGGAGAGUGCUUCUGGACAAUAAAAAUGCACAAGAGCUGAACAUCCAUUGGUUGAGAUCUCAGAUAGGCAUCGUGUCCCAAGAGCCCGUGCUGUUUGACUGCACGAUAGCCGAAAACAUCGCCUAUGGAGACAACAGCCGCAUUGCAUCGCAGGCGGAGAUAGAGGAAGCUGCCAAAGCGGCCAACAUCCACAGCUUCAUCGAUAGCCUGCCACAGAAGUACAACACUCAGGCCGGUGAUAAGGGAACGCAGCUGUCAGGUGGUCAGAAGCAGCGUGUAGCCAUAGCCCGAGCUAUCCUCCGCAACCCCAAAGUGCUGCUUCUGGACGAGGCCACCUCCGCACUCGACACAGAGUGA